AUGGCUUGUAUGAGUGGGUAUUUAGAGAUUAUACAAAUUCUUGUUGAACAAGGUGCUGAUGUUCAUUGCCAUGAUAAUCACGGCUGGACACCUCUUCAUAGAGCUGUUCUUUGGGAUUAUGUACCAAUUGUACAGUUUCUUCUUGCAAAAGGCGCUGAUCCAAAUGCAAUAGAUUUAGACGGAUUUACUCCUUUGCACAUGGCAGCAAAAUGGGAUCAUUUUGAGUCUGCUGAAUACCUUAUCAAAGCAGGAGCUAAUCCUAACGCACAAACUAAUAGGUUUGAACCAUCCUUUAUUACAAGAACACCUUUCGAGCUUGCUUUCCUUAACAGAAGGACAAAAGUUGCUCGUGUUCUUCGUAAAGCUGGUGGUGAAGCACAACAAGAGUUUAUUAAGAAACUUUCUCCUGAAGAGAAGAAAGUCUUUAAUUCUUUUGGUGUUUAA